AUGCGAUCAUUUAUUGCUUUAGCUGUUCUUAGUUAUAUUCUACCGCAUAGAAACACGGUGAAGGCUCAUCUUGCUAAACUUUAUGCUCAACAUCGUAAUUCAUUAUGUGCUACUCUUGCUAAUAUACCAGCUAUAGCUCUAAUCUCUGAUGUAUGGAAGAACAGUAGAGAUCUUCAUUUUGUUAGUUUAACAGCUCAUUUUCGUGAUGCCAAUUUCAAUCUUAUAUCUCUUACAAUCAGUUUUCGUCAGUUAGUCGGUAGUCAUAUUACUGAACGUCGUCGAAAAUAUAGAUUAUAUGAAAUUACAUCAUUAAAUAUUCAAAACAAAAUAUGUUCCAUUACUACAGAUAAUGCUACAAACAUUGUUGCUGCAAUUUCAAAUGUUAACUAUUUUGAUAUGCGCAUCUUAUGUUUAGCACAUAUUUUCAAUCUUAUUCUUCAAGAUGGUCUUAAUUUAUCAGAUGAAAAUUUAGACGAUGAUGCAGAUGAAAAUGAAGAAGCAGAAAGUUCAAGUGAUAAUGAUUCAGAUGAUGAAGAAAUGAGUCUUGAUGAAAUUAAUCUCGAUAAUAUUAUACCAUCUACUGGUAAUACUUUAUUGAAUGUAUAUUAUUUAGUAGGUGGUGUUCGACAAUUUGCUCGAGUUACUUGA